ACGGGUCGGAUUGUAAACAAGUUGGUCUCUGCAGCAGCCCCAUGCGUCCAAAGAGUUGGUUGGAUCUUAAAUCUCAGAGCCCAAACUGCGUGACAUAUGAAUAACGUGUAUUACGCUGGGAAAUAAAUGUCCUUAUUAAUUUGAUUAAUUUAAUUAAAAUACAUGUUGCUAGUGUUUUGCAAACGCGCCAGCGUUUCUCUGAGGCUGAUUGACAAAUUGGAAUGAAAGCUCUCGCGCUCUCUUCCGACGUUUCUCUUGUAGCCAAUGGCUAGUCUUUGCCUGGUUGAUGAUAGCUUUCAAUUAAGAGAGGCUCCUUUCGCUACCAACCACAACACAGUAUUUCGGAUAGUAGGUGGGACGUCAACAGGAAACGCCAGAAAUGAAAUCCAACCGAUUAGAAGAACUAGGCUAUUUUGGCCUAUGAGAACCCGAUUUUUGUACGGAUUGCGUUGCCCAGGGUACUCUGUUGAAUUCCAUUACCGUCCAUUAAAGUAGUCGAAUUGGACAUACAUAUCACUGAGGUGUACAGAGGGGGUGGGGGGUCUGCUGUUUUAAUGCGCGUGUUCUGCAGGGGAUUCGUAUCACUGGGACAGUAGCCGAUCGGAGGAUUGCCUUGAUGUGUGCCGAACACAUCCUCCCUCGGCCCGUGGCUACACGCACAGCCAGCCGAGACAGAACGAUCCGGGAGUAGCUCCGUGGUUCUGCUCGACUCGACGUUCGGUCGCUAAACGUCUAGAACUGGAUGCCGCUUCCGUCAUGAGUCCGGCGGGGUGCUCGCACGUGAGCGGGUUUAAGGUGGACAACUGGAGGCACAACCUGCGCGUGAUCUACCAAUGUUUUGUGUGGAGCGGGACGCCCGAGACCAGGAAGCGAAAGGCCAAGUCGUGUGUGUGUCACAUGUGUGGGGUCCAUCUGAACCGGCUGCACUCUUGCCUCAACUGCGUUUUCUUCGGCUGCUUCUCCAAGAAACACAUCCACGAGCACGCCAAAGCCAAGAGACAUCACCUGGCGCUGGAUCUAGUGCACGGAGGGGUUUACUGCUUCCUGUGCCAAGACUACGUCUAUGAUAAAGACAUGGAGCUGAUCGCUCGGGAGGAGCAGAGGAAAGCCUGGAAACUACAGGGUAAACUCACUCACACACACAUUUACACACACACACACACUACUUGGCAAGUGACGUUGGACUGCAGGCCACCGGUGAAGAUUUGGUCGAUGAUGCAGCUGCAGUGGUUUGGGUUGUUGGCCUUCUUACCACUGUCAUCUCCUGAAUGCAGGCGCAUGCAGGUGGUAAUCCAUUCAGGAGAUGACAGUGGUAAGAAGGCCAACAACCCAAACCCACACCGCAGCUGCAUCAUCGACCAAAUCUUCACCGGUGGCCUCGGUAGUCCGGAUCGCCACUUUUGCCGUUCGCCAUCUCCGGGAACCCGCCCUGAACUGGACCUCAACGCCAACGGAGAGAACCACGGAACCGGCACCACCACCCUCACAGACUGCCUACGCAGGUUCACGCGUCCAGAACACCUGGGAAGCAGCGCUAAGAUCAAGUGCAGCGGUUGCCAUAGCUACCAGGAGUCCACCAAACAGCUGACCAUGAAGAGGCUCCCAAUAGUGGCCUGCUUCCACCUGAAGCGGUUUGAACACUCUGCCAAGUUGAGGAAGAAGAUCUCCACUUAUGUGUCCUUCCCACUCGAGCUGGACAUGACGCCCUUCAUGGCCUCCAGUAAGGAGAGCAGGAUGAACGGCCAGUACCAGCAAUUGGAUUCCCUAAACAACGACAACAAAUACUCGCUGUUUGCAGUGGUGAACCACCAGGGGACGCUAGAGAGCGGCCACUACACCACCUUCAUCAGGCAGCACAAGGACCAGUGGUUCAAAUGUGACGACGCCAUCAUCACUAAAGCCAGCAUCGGAGAUGUGCUCAGCAGCGAAGGGUAUCUGCUCUUCUACCACAAACAGUUUCUGGAGUACGAGUGAGGUGCAUGGCCACGUCCCUACUUCAAAUCAGCCAAUCAGCAACCUCUCUUACCAGGAGGGAGACACGCCCCCUCUGUCCCUUACUCCUGAAACUUUUAUCAUGCCAGAGAGGACACACACACACACACACACACACACUUUCAGUCCGGAGACUUUUAUCAGACCAAAGAGAGGACACACACACACACACACACACACUCUUUCAGUCCGGAGACUUUUAUCAGACCAAAGAGAGGACACACACACACACACACACACCCUGAGUUGUCUGUUCCUGAGCAGGAGGACCUGAAGAAAGAUAGAUCACUACCUCCCUCUAAUGAACGAGUGGAAUGCCUCACUCUCUCUCUCUCUCUCUCUCUCCCCUGUGUGUGUUCAGAUAUGCGCCGAGUUGAAAACUGAGAAUGUUCCAGAAAGCAGCUUUUGUUUGACUCUGAGAAGAGGGCAUCUCUGGGCAUCUCUGGGCCUCUCUGGGGAUCUCUGGGCCUUUUCCUCGUUUCUCUGUCCCAUGUGUGUCCAGGUCAUUUACCGACGUCCAGAAAGGAUCUUGAGGCCCCAUUCCCUCUUGACUAAUCAAGCAAUAGUGAUUUUGAAUUUAUUAAAAUUGAUAUAUUCCGUAGCAAAAUGGCACGUUCGCCAGCUGCCAGCUAGUAUUUAAAGUGUGCUAUGUUAAAGUACCAUCAGUGAUUCUAAGCGAUUCCUAACCCAUAACACGCAGUGUAGAUUACCAUUCUGCGCUGCCAUGGUGAUGAGUUGCCAUGGUGAACCCUACACAAUGCCACAGUGUAGAUUACCAUUCCACGCUGCCAUGGUGAUGAGUUGCCAAUCCAUUGCUAGCCGGUUAAACAGUCGGUGCUUGCUGUCCAAUUGCUUCAGAGUUGGACAGAGUUUGUUAAACAUCCUUUCUGGAAUACCCCGCUCAUUUACAUAUGACACACACACACACAUCACACUUGAGGCUCAAGGGAAAUGGCCAGGGCAGAGAGAUGGACAUUUUGAAGGAGUUAAACAUUGUAUGUGUGUGGGGGUGUCUUGUAUAUGAUCUAUAUUUUUAUAAGUGAAUGAGUCCCUGUUUACACCCUCAUCUCACACACACACACUACCACCCUAACUAGCCCUCAUCUCUCACACACACACACACACACACACUACCACCCUAACUAGCCCUCAUCUCUCACACACACACACAUACACACUAGCACCCUAACUAGCCCUCAUCACAUGAAUGGUGAAUGAGAAAGUCUUGCGUUGUGGCUUGUGACUAGUUGGGGUUCCACCGUGUGUGUGUGCAGACCUGCAUGAACAUAAACAGCUUUAGGAAUUUGUAAACACGUGAAUGUGUGUGUGUAUUUGUGAUUAUGUGAAGGUCUGUGUGUGUUUGUGGAGACGUGUGUGUGUGUGUGUGUGUGCGCGCGCGCAUUGGUGUACUAGGUGCGUGUGUGUUUGUGUGCGUGCAUUGGUGUAAUAUAGAAUCUUUAUCGUCAUUGUACGUGUACAACGAAAUUUGUACUCUAUAAGAGUGUGUGCGUGCCUGUGUGUGUGUGCAUUGGUGUACUAGGCGAGAGUCGUGCCUGUGUGUGCAUUGGUGUACUAGACGAGAGUGUGUGCGUGCAUUGGUGUACUAGGCGAGAGUGUGUGUGUGUGUGUGUGUGCGCAUUGGUGUGUGUACGUGCGUGUGUGUACAUUUGUGUACUGAAUCAGUACUUGGCAUGUGGCCUCAGCCCACUCUGCUCCAGGGAGACAGCCAGCUCUCUACGGAUGGAAAAUAUAUUAUUAUUAUUAUUCUCUA